AUGAGGUCCUGCCUGUGGAGACUCGGCCGCCUGGGCCACGCUGUCCGCUGGCUCCUGCUCGCGGCCGGCUUGGUUUUCUUCCUGCUCACUCUGUCCUCCUACUUGAGGGAGCCGAGUACGCAACCCAGCAGCUUACCUGAUGCCCAAGAACAGACACUAGUCGUGCUUCUGACCUGUUUCUACCGUCCUCACACUUUCUCAAACGUUCUCUUUGUCCCCAGGUAUCAGGGCAUGCCGAACGUUAAAGGAAAGUCAUCAGAACUGCUGCAAAAGGCCCCGUCCCUGGCACCCAAGGUGAAGAGGUGGACCACCACCCACGCAGGGUCCGCACGGGGGAACAGCAUGCUGGACACCUGCCCUGACGCCACGGGCCACACCGAGGCCAGAGUGCCCAGCACAGCAAGGACAGCAAUGCCCAGGGCUCAGAAGAGGAAGGACCCUACACUGGACACGCUGUCCCAGGGAAGUUGGGACAGGGGGGCGGCCUCCAAUGGGACAGAGGCACCGUCCCUGCACAGCCAGGGUGCAAGAACCACCAAGGGAAGGAGGGACAAGGGGGCCGCCUCCAAUGGGACAGAGGCACCGUCCCUGCACAGCCAGGGUGCAAGAACCACCAAGGAAAGGAAGGACAAGGGGGCCGCCUCCAAUGGGACAGAGGCACCGUCCCUGCACAGCCAGGGUGCAAGAACCACCAAGGAAAGGAAGGACAAGGGGGCCGCCUCCAAUGGGACAGAGGCACCGUCCCUGCACAGCCAGGGUGCAAGAACCACCAAGGAAAGGAAGGACAAGGGGGCCGCCUCCAAUGGGACAGAGGCACCGUCCCUGCACAGCCAGGGUGCAAGAACCACCAAGGAAAGGAAGGACAAGGGGGCCGCCUCCAAUGGGACAGAGGCACCGUCCCUGCACAGCCAGGGUGCGAGAACCACCAAGGGAAGGAGGGACAGGGUCGAGAAGCCGACAGCCACCAGGACAGCGCCAGCAGAGCCCUCGGCAUCCAUCGCAAGGACUCCCACUCCGGAAAGUCGGGCUGAGGUGCUGACCACUCUGGGAGCAGGGCAACCGGGCGGGAAAACGACAGGAGUGGCCACAGCGACAGUCCCGCCCACGAGGCCAGCCCGCGCCGCCCGGAGCUCUGCCCCUUCCCCGAGCCCCACCACCCAGCCGGCCCCAAGGCUGCGGGCCGCGAACUUCAAGUCUGAGCCCAAGUGGGAUUUUGAGGAAAAAUACAGCUUGGACGUGGGGGGCUUGCAGACGAGCUGCCCCGACUCCUUGAAGCUGAGAGCCUCCAAGUCACUCUGGCUCCGGAAUCUGUUUCUGCCCAACCUCACGCUCUUCCUGGACUCCAGGCACUUCAACCAGAGCGAGUGGGACCGUCUGGAGCACUUCGCUCCACCCUUCGGCUUCAUGGAGCUCAAUCACUCCUUGGUGCAGAAUGUCGUGACACGCUUCCCUCCAGUGGCCCAGCAGCAGCUGCUCCUGGCCGGCCUCCCUGCUGGGAGCACCCAGUGCGUCAGCUGCGCCGUGGUGGGCAACGGGGGCAUCCUGAACAACUCCCGCAUGGGCCGAGAGAUAGACAGCCAUGACCACGUGUUUCGGUUGAGUGGGGCUGUCAUUAGGGGCUACGAGCAGGACGUGGGUACCCGGACAUCUUUCUACGGCUUCACUGCCUUCUCCCUGACUCAGUCACUUUACAAACUGGGCAGCCAGGGGUUCCGGCACGCGCCUCUGGGGAAGGACAUCCGCUACCUGCACUUCCUGGAAGGCACCCGGGACUACGAGUGGCUGGAAGCUCUGCUCCUGAAUCAGACCCUCUUGAAACGGAGUCUCUUCUGGUUCAGGCACAGGCCCCAGGUAGCAUUUCGGGGAGCCUUGCAGUUGGACAGGUACCUGCUGCUGCACCCAGACGCCCUACGGUACAUGAAGAACAGGUUUUUGAGGUCUAAGACGCUGGACACUGCCCACUGGAGAAUAUACCGCCCCACCACGGGGGCCCUCCUGCUCCUCACUGCCCUGCAGCUGUGCGACAAGGUGAGCGCCUAUGGCUUCAUCACCGAGGGCCACCAGCGCUUCUCGGAUCACUACUACGACAAGUCGUGGAAAAAGACAGUCUUUUACAUCAACCACGACUUCAACUUAGAGAGAAAGCUCUGGAAGCGGCUACAUGAUGAAGGUAUCAUCAGGCUCUACCAGCACCCGUAAUGUCCAGACCCCGGGGCCGACUGGGGCCCUCCCGGGGCUCGGGCCCCUCCGCAUGGCUGAGGGCUUGUCUGCACGGAGGAGGGAGAACCCUGGAGAUGGCAGUGGCUGCAUUUUGGAGACCUUGGGAAGGCGCCCAAGGUUCUCCCAGGACUGGGACAGGGCUCCUUUUGGAGACCAAGGAAUUUUAACUAAACGGGUGAUGAGUGGCCAAUACCACAGACCUCUGCCAAGAACCACCCUUCACUGUUUGAAAGCUACUCAGCACAGAGGAAAUAGCCAAAUUUAUGGAAACAUAGAUUUGGGUUUGAAUUCGAGAUCCUUGACUUAGCAGCUGGGAAUCCUUGAAGGCCAUUACUUAAUCUCACUCUAGAUUGUCUAUCCCAGCGAUUUUCAACUGGUGUCCUGCUGCAAGAAUGCUU